ACGUGUUCCAUGUUGUAUCUGUCCAUGUGAACGUGUUUGCGGUGUGUGAAAUUAAACCGGAGAGAUUAUCAUUUUGGGAGAAACGUUUUUUUUUUCUUCUUCACGCUGAGCGAACAUGGCGACCUACCGGAAGAAGGUGGAUAAUCGUAUCCGCGUACAGAUCGAGAACGGAGUGACUCAGCGGCAUCGGACAAUGUUUGUUAUAGUCGGCGAUCAGGGCAGAGACCAGGUUGUGAUUCUGCACCACAUGCUGUCCAAGGCCGCGGUGCGAGCGCGACCAUCGGUGCUGUGGUGUUACAAGAACGAGCUCGGCUUCAGCAGUAACCGCAAGAAACGCAUGCGGCAGCUACAGAAAAAAAUCAAAACAGGUACCCUGAACCUAAAGCAGGACGACCCGUUUGAGCUUUUUAUCGCCGCAACCAACAUCCGGUACUGUUACUACAAUGAAACUCACAAAAUUCUGGGCAACACGUAUGGCAUGUGUGUGCUGCAGGACUUCGAGGCUCUAACCCCAAACCUCCUGGCUCGAACAGUUGAAACAGUAGAAGGUGGUGGGAUUGUGGUCAUCCUACUGAGGACCAUGAAGUCACUCAAGCAGCUGUACACCAUGGCAAUGGAUGUCCAUUCCCGCUACAGGACAGAGGCGCACCAGGAUGUCAUAGGACGGUUCAACGAAAGAUUCAUACUGUCGCUCUCCUCCUGCAAGACCUGCAUCGUAACCGAUGAUCAACUCAACGUUCUGCCCAUCUCCAAACACAAUGCCAACAUCAAACCCGUGCCGGCUAAAUCGCAGGACGAUGCUCUGCUGCCACAGGAGCAGGAACUGAAGGACCUGAAAGAGUCGAUGCAGGACACGCAGGUCGUCGGUGCCUUAAUGGACUGCUGUAAAACCAUGGAUCAGGCGAAAGCCGUGUUAAAGUUCAUCGAAGCCAUUUCAGAAAAGACUCUAAGGAGCACAGUAGCUCUGACCGCUGCUAGAGGACGUGGAAAGUCCGCGGCGCUCGGCUUAUCUAUCGCCGGUGCGGUCUCGUUUGGCUAUUCCAACAUAUUUGUUACUUCGCCCAGCCCGGACAAUUUGCACACGCUAUUCGAGUUCGUAUUCAAAGGCUUGGAUUUGCUACACUACCAGGAACAUCUGGAUUAUGAAAUUGUCCAAUCGUUGAAUCCUGAGUUUAAUAAAGCUGUGGUCAGAGUUAACAUCUUUAAGGAACAUCGCCAGACCAUUCAGUACAUCCACCCCGGCGAUGCUGUGAAGCUGGGUCAGGCAGAGCUGGUGGUUAUCGAUGAGGCUGCUGCUAUCCCUUUGCCGCUGGUGAAAAAUCUGCUUGGGCCGUAUCUUGUGUUUAUGGCUUCUACAAUCAAUGGGUAUGAAGGCACGGGGCGCUCACUUUCUCUUAAACUGAUCCAGCAGCUGCGGCAGCAAAGCGCAGACAGCCAGCAGAACCUCUCUGCUGAAAACAAAACCACGAGCACAGCCAGGCUGGCUUCAGCACGAUCACUCCAUGAGGUUUCUCUCCAAGAGUCUAUUCGGUACGCUCAGGGAGAUCCUGUAGAAAAAUGGCUGAACGAACUCCUGUGUCUCGACUGCUUGAGCGUGCCGCGCAUCAUUUCGGGCUGUCCUUUGCCCGAAACAUGCGAUCUGUAUUACGUGAACCGUGACACCCUGUUCUGUUAUCACAAAGCAUCUGAAGCCUUCCUGCAACGUCUUAUGGCGCUCUAUGUUGCUUCUCACUAUAAGAACUCCCCCAAUGACUUACAGCUACUCUCGGAUGCUCCAGCUCACCAUCUCUUCUGCUUGCUGCCUCCUGUUCCACAAACACACAACUCUCUGCCAGAGGUCCUAGCAGUUGUACAGGUAUGUUUGGAGGGCGAGAUUUCCCAGCAGUCCAUCCUCAACAGCUUGUCCAGAGGAAAAAAGGCUUCUGGAGACCUUAUCCCUUGGACUGUAUCGGAGCAGUUUCAAGAUUCUAAAUUCGGCAGCCUGUCAGGUGGAAGGGUGGUGCGAAUCGCAGUAAAUCCUGACUACCAGGGGAUGGGUUACGGGACACGUGCUCUGCAGCUCUUGCAGCAGUAUUAUCAGGGACAGUUUCCUCUCUUGGAUGACAAGCAGGGCAACCCAGUCGCAUUCAACUCUGUCAGCAGCGAGGCCAUGAGCCUGUUAGAAGAGGUUGUGUCUCCGCGAACCGAUCUGCCACCGCUGUUACUGAAGCUAAAUGAGAGGACUGCAGAAAGACUGGACUACUUGGGGGUCUCGUAUGGCCUCACCCCACAGUUGCUAAAAUUCUGGAAAAAGGCUGGGUAUGUUCCAGUGUAUUUAAGACAAACUCCAAACGACUUGACAGGAGAGCACUCGUGUGUAAUGCUGAAGGAACUGAACGCUGAAGAUUCAGCAGAACAGAGUCAGUGGCUGCCAGCAUUCUGGAAGGAUUUCAGACGGAGAUUCCUUUCUCUGCUGUCCUACCAGUUUAGCAGUUUUAGCCCUACACUAGCCUUAAACAUACUUCAGAACAAGAACAUCAAAGACGACAACUCAACGACUCUAACGGCUGCAGAAUUAGCAGCGCAAUACACACCAUACGAUCUGUCACGUUUGGAAAUGUACUCCCGGAACAUGGUUGACUACCACCUGAUUAUGGACAUGGUGCCUGCUAUAGCACGGAUGUUCUUCCUAAAGCAGCUCGGAGAUAUCUCGCUUUCUGUCGCCCAGUCCGCUCUGCUCCUGGGACUCGGUUUGCAGCACAAAUCUAUCGACGAUCUAGAGAAAGAGAUUAAGCUGCCCGGCUCUCAGCUCAUGGGCCUGUUUAACCGACUCAUGCGAAAAGUAGUGCAGUUAUUCACCGCCAUCCAGGAGAAGGCAGUCGAGGCAGAGAUGGCUCCAGUCAAAGAUAUUAACAUGGAACCGACUGCUCAGGCGCUGCACAAAGAAUUGGACGAGGCCGCCAAAGCGUUCGAGGAGAAACACAAGGAAGACAUGAUGAAAAUUAAAGAUAUGGAUCUUUCCCAGUACAUGAUUCGAGGAGAUGAUGAAGAAUGGACUCAAGUGCUGAAGAAAGCUGGACAAACAGCAAUAGUGAGCAUCAAGAGUGAUAAGAAACGUAAAUUAGAGGUGGAAAACAAGAAAGAGUGGGAAGGUGGCAAGAAGAUGAAGAAAAAUAACAAGAAAAAAGGUCUAAUGGGAAAGAAAUCAAAAUACUGAGAUGCUUGUUUUUCUAUUUGUGUUUUUCUUUUUCUUUUUUAUAUUAUAUAUGUUAUUAUAUAUCAUUAAUGAACAAUCAGUAAAUUUCAUUGGUUUUA